UUUCAAUAGUUGUGUUGCGUGGCCAUGUUAUCUUUACUCGGGCCAGUUAUCGUUGCCUUAGCUCCUUAGCAGUAGUCUGCUAUAACAAAUAAAAUGGCAAGGAGAAUUGUUUCUGCUCACUCUUUCUAUUUUGAGUGCUAUGCUCGGCAUUGUCACCCUUACUGUUCCGUGCUAUAUCAGCUAUCAGCUAUAUAUUUUGUGCGUAUGUUUUGUGUAUCAGCUGUAUUUAUUUAUGUUUUGAAUGAAGGAUUUCAAAAAUAAAAGGAAAUUAUAUUAUAAUAAUCAUCCAACCGGUGGCUCGAAAUCAUAAAUCAUACUCCUAGUUUGAGUGAAAAUUUUAUACGUGUGACAGUAUUUGAGGCAACUGAAUUAAGAGCCCAAUGUCUAGUAGAACAUUGCGAACCAUGGGAGCUUCAAAACCUAUUCGAAUGUGGAUUGAUGGAAAAUGUUUUGAUGUGAAGCAACGCAAGAAGACCUUACCAAAAAUAUCUACCCCAUGUUCAAGUACGUAAAGAGUUAGUGUUCUAGAUUUAGAAGGAUGCAUGAGGAUUCUUCAGACUAAAAUUGAGCUAUUUUUGAUGGGAACCUGUUCCUUGGAGGGUUGAUGCCAUAUUGUUGUUCAUCAUAAGUCUAUAACAUGAACCACCCGACCUAGAGCCAAACAAAACGUGAAAAAUGUAAAAAAUUGUGUUCCAUCCAUGCCUUUAGUGAUCAAGUUCUAAAAAUUGAUUUGCUUACCUACAAGAGAUCAAAACUGAGAAUAUACAAAAAAGAAGUUUGGCAAAGCUUUGAUAUUGUUUCAUAUUUUGCUAAAAACUGCUGCUUGAACCAGUUUUUUAAAUUAUUACAAUUCAUCAUAAUCCAUUAAUAUGGCUUUUCGUAAUGCUGGCGUCAUUUAAUAUGAAAAAAAUCACGAUCUUUAGAUAUUCGCAAUCCUUCCCAUCUCACACCUCACAUUUAGCACCUGGGAGGUAAAAUCGUAAACAUCCUAAUGAAAUUGUACAUUUGGCAACACAGGCGCUAGCCUGUCGCUCUUCAGUCAAAUGAUGUCAAAUUACUAAUAUUUGGCGCCAAAAGGCUUAAAUUUGGGUUAUGAAGAUUGUUGUCGCAAAGUCGGUGUUUUCAUACUUUUGUUGAAAGGAUAUUAGUAUCAUAAUUGAUGCAAAUAUGUAUACAACAAAAGACAUAGCCUCCCAGUUCUCACAAUUUAACAUUACCGUCGAAGAAAAGGUAUUGGAAAAAUGUCUGGAACUAUGUGCAAGAUAUAACAUUGAACCAGAAGAUUUAUGUGAUCAGUGGUACGCUUUUGCUGCAACAAAUUUGAACGGAGCGGAGCCUACUUUGCCGCACUUGGAAAAGCUAGAACGAAACGUUUUGGAAAAAGAGAAGAGAAAUGCAGGUAGCCAUGUAACAAUUGCUACGCCGAAAAGACAAGAGACGAUCGCUACGCCUAAAAGACAAGAGACAAGCGAUGUGCAACCUGAAGUUCAGUCUGUGAUUAGUUCAUAUGCGUCAGUGACACCAAAGGCGCAUAGAAUCCAGUCUACAAAACAUAUCUCUUCACCAAAGACACCAGUAGCUGCUAAAAAUAUAUCUGUGGAUUAUGAAAAGGCCAGUCCAUCAGUCUCGAUGUCAGAUCACUACUCUCAACGUACAGACUCCCGCAAGGUUCAAGCUAGUUAUGGGUCACCUACUGCUCAGUUCAAACGAGAGGAGGGCCUUCAGAUAACAAUCAAGAAUUUUUCUGAUAAUGCAAUGCCUGCAGAUGCCAAAUUGAUGUAUGAAGUACUGAGUAGAAAAGCACUAAGUCUUAGUUCCACCAUAGAUUAUUUUGGCAAGGAGAUACUCAAGCAUCAAGGAAUGAUGCUAUCUGAAGGUGUACUGACCAAUCUGAGAGGUGAUGUUGUAACAUAUGGACGAAUAAUCUCAGAUACUGCUGGAAAGAUGAAUGCUCAGUCAGUUUUAUUGGAGGGUACAGCAGACACAAAUCUAUGUAACACUACCAAUUUGAAUCUUUCUAAAAUGAAUAAGUACUCGCUGUUCCCUGGGCAAAGUGUUGCAGUGAAGGGAAAUAAAGUUACUGCAAAUGAUCUAGUGGUUGAAGAAAUCUACUCAAGUGUUCCUUUAUCACUUCCAGAAGAAACUCCUGUUGCUGAUGGUCCUUUAGAAAUAGUCGUUUCGGCAGGACCUUAUACAUUUUCAGAAAACCUAUCCUAUGAGCCGUUACAUGAUUUGUUGAAGUACAUAGAAGAAUAUAGACCACAUGUUUGGAUCAUGCUAGGACCCUUCCUUGAUGUUACACAUGAUAGUGUCAAGAAUGGGGACAUCCUGCAGAGUUACAGAUCAUUUUUCGAGGGGCUGAUAGAGAACAUAGCAAACACUGUUCAACUAAGCAGUACUCAACUGGUUAUAGUAUCAUCACAUAAAGAUGUACAUCAUCGUCCAGUGUACCCAACACCACCUUACAAAGUUAAAGAUAACCAUCCAAAUAUCAAGUUUGUUUCUGAUCCAGCAAUGAUCAACAUCAAUGGACUGGUAAUUGGGAUUACAAGUGUUGAUGUCUUGUUGCAUCUAAGCAACUAUGAGUUGUAUUAUGAUAAAAUAUCACAAACUGCUCCUGACAGGUUAGGUAGACUGGUGUCCCACUUAUUGAAGCAACAUAAUUUUUACCCAUUGUAUCCUCCAGUGAAAGGUUUGGGUGUUGAUCAUGAAUUAUUCGAGCAGUAUGGUAUGAUAGAUACAAAGCCGCAUGUGUUUAUUACUCCUUCAAAUUUGAAGCAUUUUGUGAAGAACAUCGAUGACUGCCUGGUGAUAAACCCAGAACGUUUAGUGAAAGGACACAUUGGAGGAACAUAUGCAAGGAUUGAAGUGAUAGCUGGAAGCAGCAAAUCUGUUUGCAACCGUGCUUCAUGUCAAGUUCUUAGGAUAUAG